UCUCGCUUGAAAUUGAAAAAGCCUAGGUUUGACUUUCGGGCAUCCAUAGUAGUAGAGCCUGUAAAGAACCCCAGACUUCAUGAGUACAGGAAUGGAAUCGUGAGAAGAAAAAAAUAAAGACAUUCUAAUGGUGAUGAGCCAAAACAUAGGGCUAAAAAUGGACACUUCUUGUCAUCACAACAUCGAAAUCUCGCCCGGGAAUGUACACAAAACGGAAACGGUCGCCGGCGACCUUGUCCUAAUAAAUGCUCCAUUGCUGCACACCUGGCCGUGACUGUACCAGAUAACCAGUACCACACUACAUACUAAUGCUAGAGAGAGAGAGAGAGAGAGAGAAUCUCGAAUAGGGUGAGUUGAGAAUUUAUAAGGCAGACUCCGUGUUAUCAGAGGCAAUGCUUUUAAAGAUACGUCAGUUACUGUUUUGAUAGACACAAUAUCAGGAGAGUGUGGUGUUUUGAGCGUUGGGAAGGGUAUGUGGGUGUGGGGGCUUGGCUUCCCGGCUGGUCUGGUUUAGUGGGUUGUCUGGUCUGGCUCGGUCCGGUCCUCUGACCUCCCUCACUCAAUCCUUAAUUACGCCCCAAGAUUUCAUCUUUGUCUCACCGCCAUAACUCUCUCACUCCCCCCCAAAUCAUGCCCAUAUAUAUAUAUACGAUUUUGCUGCUUUUCCUUUCGGCCGUUUCCCUUUUCAUCGUAGGAGAGAGAACGGUUCAUUGGUAUUUUUUUGUGUGGUGUUUGACUUCAUCAGACGAUAUGCUUUCUGUGUCCACCAAAGUCGUAUUUCCUUAAAACACAACCCAAAAUUCUAGUCUUUGUAUGUUUAUUUGUUUGUUUGUUUGCUGUUUUUUUUUUUGUAUAUUUUGUAAUGCGGUGGAGAGGGGGUGUAGGUGAUUCACCUGCGCAGCAUCUUGGCGGAUACCGUGGGAAGACGGCGAGGGAGUUGUUUUGGUGGUGGUGGUGGUAAGAGAGAGAGCGCGCGCGAGAGAGAGAGAGAGCAGGGAAGGAUAUGGAGUACGGCGGUGGAGAAGGCGGAGAAGACCGAGAUGCCUCCUCCGACCCUCAGGGGAGGAAAAAGCGAUACCAUCGUCACACAGCGCACCAGAUUCAGAGGCUCGAAGCCAUGUUCAAGGAGUGCCCUCACCCGGAUGAGAAGCAGAGGUCGCUGUUAAGUCGGGAGUUGGGAUUGGCUCCUCGCCAGAUCAAAUUUUGGUUCCAAAACCGGAGGACCCAGAUGAAGGCCCAACACGAAAGAGCUGAUAACUGUGCGCUCCGAGCAGAGAACGACAAGAUCCGUUGCGAGAACAUAGCAAUCCGAGAGGCACUCAGAAAUGUCAUCUGUCCGUCUUGCGGGGGGCCUCCAGUCAACGAAGAUUCCUAUUUUGAUGAGCAAAAACUUCGAAUAGAGAAUGCCCAUUUGAAAGAAGAGCUUGAUAGAGUUUCUAGCAUUGCAGCCAAGUACAUUGGGAGACCAAUUUCUCAACUCCCACAAGUGCAGCCAAUUCAUGUUUCUUCACUAGAUUUGUCAAUGGGAAGUUUUGGAGGCCAAGGGGUUGGUGGACCUUCCCUUGAUAUCGAUCUUCUUCCCGGAAGUUCCUCGACGGUACCAAGUUUGCGUUUGCCUUUCCAGCCACGCCUUUCGGACAUGGACAGGUCUCUCAUGACAGAUAUUGCUGUUCGUGCCACGGAAGAAUUGUUAAGGCUUGUGCAGACUAACGAACCCUUGUGGAUGAAAUCAGCAACUGAUGGGAGGGAUGUUCUUAAUCUUGAAAGCUAUGAAAGGAUUUUUCCAAGGGCUAAUACUAGCUUGAAAAACCCCCAUUCGAGGAUCGAGGCAACUAGAGAUUCUGGAGUUGUGAUCAUGAAUGGUUUAGCAUUGGUUGAUAUGUUUAUGGACUCACACAAGUGGGUGGAGCUAUUUCCCGCAAUAGUCUCAGUGGGAAAGACAAUUGAAGUGAUAUCAUCUGGAAUGUUGGGUAGUCAUAGUGGCUCUUUGCAACUGAUGUACGAAGAUUUGCAGGUGCUUUCACCACUAGUAUCUACUCGUGAGUUCUAUUUCCUCCGUUAUUGUCAGCAAAUUGAACAAGGGUUGUGGGCAGUUGUAGAUGUUUCUUAUGAUUUCCCCCGUGAGAACCAAUUUUCUCCUCAAUGUCGCCGGCUUCCAUCCGGAUGCUUGAUUCAAGAAAUGCCUAAUGGGUAUUCCAAGGUUACUUGGGUGGAGCAUGUGGAAAUUGAAGACAAAACCCCAACUCAUCGGCUUUAUAGAGAUCUUGUUCACAGUGGGUUGGCAUUUGGAGCAGAAAGAUGGCUUGCUAUUCUUUGCAGGAUGUGUGAAAGAUUUGCUUGUCUUAUGGUGACAGGCACUUCAACUACACGGGAUCUUGGGGGAGUGAUUCCGUCAACUGAUGGUAAGAGAAGCAUGAUGAAACUUGCCCAAAGAAUGGUCAACAAUUUCUGUGCAAGCAUUGGCACUUCUAACAGCCACGGGUGGACAACCCUUUCUGGGAUGAAUGAGGUUGGAGUUCGAGUGAGUGUCCAUAAGAGCACCGAUCCUGGCCAACCCAAUGGAGUGGUUCUCAGUGCGGCUACUACAAUUUGGCUUCCAGUUUCACCACAAAAUGUCUUCAAUUUCUUCAAGGAUGAAAGAACCCGAGCCCAGUGGGAUGUUCUCUCCAGUGGCAAUGGCGUGGAAGAGGUUGCCCAUAUAGCAAAUGGGUCCCAUCCAGGGAACUGUAUAUCUGUGCUUCGAGCUUUCAACACUAGCCAAAACAACAGGUUGAUACUUCAAGAGAGCUGCAUAGACUCGUCAGGUGCAUUAGUGGUGUACUGCCCAGUUGAUCUUCCUGCAAUAAACAUAGCAAUGAGUGGCGAAGAUCCAUCCUACAUUCCUCUUCUACCAUUAGGGUUUGCCAUUUCACCUGACGGCCGUCCCGACCUGCUACCUGGAGACGGCGCAUCGACAAGUUCCAGCUCACAACACGGCGGGAGCAUGAUGAGUCGGUUUGGGGGUUCACUGAUUACAGUGGCGUUUCAAAUACUAGUGAGCAGCCUGCCUUCUGCUAAGCUGAACUUGGAGUCGGUGACUACUGUUAAUAACCUUAUCGGCACCACUGUUCAGCAAAUAAAGGCUGCCUUGAAUUGUCCUGGUUCCUGAUGAAUCUGCUUAAUGUGCUACACAACUGUUCUUUUUUGGCUCUUAACAUCCUUUAAUAUACCGAGCAGAAAGGUUCAGAGUCUCUUUGUGCUUGGGGGGGCUUGCAUUCAUUAAUGCUGGAGAAGUUUUAUGGGUUAGUUGGGAUUUUGAAUGCCCUCUCAUCAAAGAGCUGGAGAUGAUUAUUUACCGCUGCUGCUGCUGCUGCUGCCUGCUUUUUUGGCUGCCACGGAUUACACUUCACACCAACUACAAAAAUUCAGUUUUUUGGGCAAAAGCUUUGAUCUUUAUUUUUGCUGUUUGUUUAUUUAUCUUUUGGAAGAGUGCAUCGUAAAAAGAGGGAGUCAAGAACGCACCAUACUUGCAUUUUCCUGCCUGGUUUCUCUCCUUGCAACCUUUUUUUUUUUUCAUGUUUGCAUUCCAUUUCCUUCAUUCCCAGUGUUGUACGACACCAGCAAGAAAAAAGUAAGGUUCGGGAAUUGACUUCUAGUUCUGUUCAUGGACUUCUUUCAAUCCAAAUCAUUCUUGUCUUUUUUAUCCA